GUAUUCUGGAGAUUCAUUAUUCGGUAAAAUUCUGGAGUGAAUACAAUAAAGAUGUUAUAUACAUUUAUUUUGUUAUAUUUGACAGUGAUUCACGUUUUCGCUGCACCCCCUGUGAAUGUGGUGCCUUGCGAGAAGGAACAAUCAUCUGUGAUACCAAUAGUUUCUCAAUCCGAAGAAUAUGAUGCUAACGGAGCUUAUAGAUUUAGUUAUGAAACGGGAAAUGGAAUAAAACGCGAAGAAGCUGCUUUUGAUAAAGUACUACCGAAGCACGCGAAACACUCCAAAUCACACCACGAACAUAGUGACGAAGGCGGAGAAGACACCAGUAGCAGCAGCGAAGAGAGUGAUGAAAUCCAUGUCCAGCGAGGAUCGUACUCCUACACUGCUCCAGAUGGCACACUCAUUACAGUCAACUACAUAGCCGACGAAAAUGGAUUCCGACCUACAAUAAUUCAACAUUCCAAGAAUUCGGAUGGUACUGAAGUAAAAUCAUCUGUUAACGAAAAAACUGGAAGGCAUUUGCACACACAUGACAGUGAUGAAGUCGCUUCUGUUUCUGUUCUCUCGCGCUCAAAUGUCGCAGCACCUUCACCUAUUCCAAAAAUAGAAGCAAGAAGUUUUGAAAAGAUGCCUGCUGCAGUGGCAGCCUAUUCUUCCGAUGUGUUAACUGGGGAACAAGAAAAUUCAUCAUUACAACCUACGUCACCUUCAUUAGCCCCAGAAAGUAGUUCGGUAUCCCCGAUUUCUACAGAAAAAAUGACGACUGUUUCUGAUAAAGUAACGGAAGAUGUAUCACCUGCGGUUGUUAAAGAAGAACCAGUUCAAACAGAAAAAUCUUCUGAAAAUCCAUCACCAACAGAAGCCACAUCAGUAAGCCCAGCAGCUAAAGAACAUUCACUGGAAGUUGUAGAUGAACAUCCUUCUACAGCAUCAUCGGCACUUCAAGAACCUUCAACGACUAUUGCAGUUUCUGUUAUGACUGUUGAAGAUUCAGUUUCUACGGCUGUCCCUCUAAAGACAACUCCCGAAGAGUCUACAACAACCGAAAAAUCGGAAGCAUCUUCCACUGAAAAAGUUCCUAUUGCUGAGUUACUUUCAACAACUAAUCAAGAAACAUUAUCUACUACGACGUCACCUUCAAUAACUGUCUCCGCAGAAGUUUCAUCUACAGAAUUACCUACUUCUGAAUCAAAUUCUAUUCCUUCAACAACGAUGACUCCGGAAGAGGCUUCUGAAAUUCAUACAACAUCUGUAACAGAAGUGUCUUCUUCAACUGGUACAUCAUCGACUUCUACUGCUGAGGAAUCUACUACUGCUGGAGACUCGUUAUCUACAACCUCCCCAGAAGAACCUACUACAUCUGAAGCGCAGUUAACAACUCACUCACAAGAGCCGCCCACGUCAGAGGCAUCAUCCACAACAACCUUAGAAGAGUUAUCAUCUACAGGGGCACCUUCAACGACAGAUUCUAUAGAUUCUUCUACAUCUGGGGCAACCACUACUGAAGAAUCCUCCAUGACUGAAGCUUCGGGAACGACUGCCCAUGACGAAUCCUCGGCCACGGAUAUAACCUCUACAACUCCAUCCGAUGAUUCAACUACCACAACAACUUCAACAGCUGCAACUGAAGAAGUUUCUGCAAAUGAAACGAUUUCUACACCUACCUCGGAAGAGACCUCGACUACUGGGGCACCUUCUACAACUGACUCAGACACGCCAACUACUAGUCAAAAUGUUCCUACUACUGAAGUUCUAAAAACCACCUCGGUUUAAUGUAUUUUAUAAAGCAUAUUAAGUAAUUAGAUUAUUUUAAUUAACAUACUCCUUACUGAUAAUGUUUUGUAAAAUGCAUUAAAUGUGGUGGUGUCAUACAAAGGGAAUUAAUUUUGUUACCUACUCUAUGUAAAUGUGAGAAUGAUUCAUUUGUUUAUUAUUUUCAAUUUGAUGCGACAUAUUAAAUAAAUAAUAAUUUUAUUAUUUUCAUAAAAAA